AUGGAACAGUCCGUCAACCAACAGCAGGGUGUGGCGGACACUACUCCCGUCGCCAUGAACGAGUCUCCCGUUACGCAGACCUCCAAACAGGACCGAAGGAUGAGCGACGAGUGGGAUGCCGCGAAGGUGCCCCCAAGUCGUUUCCAGAAGCGCAAGGGCUCCAUCUAUGCCACGCAGAGCUCUCGGGAUGGCCAUAUUGACAAAAAUUACCAUGAGAAGUACCACGCUAAGAUCGCCGAGAUGAAUGGAGGGAAAUGA